ACGAUUAUAGCCGAAGUAACCCGAGUAGUAUAGAGAUUUUUCAUUCUUCAUACUGGCUACACUGAGUGGAGGGAGGUUAUUUUAUGUGACUGCGUUCUGUGGGUGUUCAGUGAGCAAAUGUUGUGAUUUAUAUUUAAUAAAAAAUUAGAAUGACUUUGUGAAAGAUGAGCCAGAAAAAUCUAGUGUAUAUAGAAAUAUACACUUAUAGGUGAUAAAUAUACAAAUCAAAGUGAGAUGUCAUACAUAGACAACAAGAACAAUGCCUCUUCGGAUUCACCAAAAUUUCUCAUUAGUUGAAGUUAAUGUUUGAAUAUGUCAAACAUGGAUAUGUGUGUACGAAAGCUUCCUAAAAAGAGAAAAUUUGAUCCAUCUGAAUUGGAAGAAAACAAUGUUCAGAAUUUGGGAACCCCAUGUAUUCCUGUAUCUGUUGUUCAAAGUGUUAUUACUACACCACAAGCAAUUGCAGUGGACUAUUCUUGUCCACCUCGAUUAAAUGAAGAAAGUUCAUUCAAUAACAAACACAACAUCAUUGAUUUAACUGAGUGGUGUGACCAUCGAGUUCUUGCUAAACAAGGGGAUUGGUAUUAUCCUGGGGUCAUCCGUGAUGCAAAUGGAACAAAUAUAACAGUGGCUCUCGAUGGAAAAGAUGAACGAAUACUGCACUACAGUAACGUACUCGACAAAGAAUGUUACGAUAUAAUAGGAGAUGCUAGUCCCUCUUUCAAUCAGAUCACUCUUGGCGCGAGGGUGUGCGUCAGGCACGACCAGUCUAUGUUUGUAGAAGGGGUGGUUUGUAAAAUAGAACCCCAACCUCCCAAAUUUCUAGUCGCGAAAUUGGGCGAACAACAGUGCUAUAUUACAGUGAAGAGAUCAGAAUUGAGACUGCUCCGUCCACCUUGGUACGAUGAACUGGAGAAUCUGGAUGAACCAACAGGUAUGCUCUCGCCGCCUCAACACCAGCCUGAAUAUUACCCUCGAAACGUUUCACCGCCCCAAUUGCACACGCCAGUGUCGGUGAGCACGCCAGUGUCUAGUUCGAGAAAUUAUGAGGACUUCAACGAGAGCGAAGACGAGCUCAGGCGAGAAGAUAUUAUAUUUCCAACGGAAGGCAAUGAUAAGUUAUCCGGAAGUAGUAAAAGAAGCAGUGUACAUAGUCGAGGUAGCUCCUCAAGUAGCAUAACGCCAAGAUCCCAACCGACAACACCUAGAAGCCAAGCUGCCACACCGCAUAAGUACAAAAAAGGUGACAUUGUUUCAAAUCCGAACGGUAUAAGGAAAAAAUUUAAUGGAAAGCAAUGGAGACGGUUAUGUUCGAAAGAUGGUACAUGUAAUAAAGAAUCACAACGAAGAGGUUAUUGCUCUAGACACCUCAGUCUUAAAGGUAGUAGUCUUCGAAGUAAUUCAUCAUAUCCCAGAUCUAAUAGCAAAGGAGAUGGUGAAGAUACUUCCAGAGAUUCUGAAACAUCACCUAACUGUAGUGAAAGACGUAUCACUGGUCGUUUUGAUCAAGAUGAAACAGACGUAGCUAAUAUGUUAGUUUCGUUGGGCAGUUCAAGGUCAGCCACUCCAGUUUUCUCACCCAACGGCCAAGGUACUUCACCACAUCAUAUGCAGUCGCCCAUAACAGUAGGUUCUAGACAAAAUGUUUUCAUGCCAAUUAGUAGUCAUUCCCACACUCUUCAGAAGAGGACAUCACCUGUUCCUCCCGGUUAUAACACCCCCUAUCAUCAACCUGUGAUCCGACCCGAGUUAGUAAGACCUGUCCAAGGGACAACCAGCGUUAUAAGGCUAUCUCCCAAUCCGAGACAAUGGAAUCCGGUGUCUUCAGAACAACACAAUGUAAUCCUUCAGCACGCUUUGAACAACACCAACUCGCAAUCCAUUGAGAUUGAAUCACAUCAGCAGCAAGUGCCAAACGCUGUUUACCGUGUCACGCCUCAGGCCAUCGACAGGAACAUAUUGAUAAUUAAAAAUGAAGACAGCGAGGCAAAGGAAAUUACAUCUUUUCAAAGACAGGUAAUCCAGAGCGAUCAUCUCCAAGCGACUUCUACGAUAAGAGUAGCAACUAAUGCCAUCAGUACCAUAAGCAGUGGCCACACAAAUGCUGCGGGUCUACUCCAGACCAACACUCUUGGAACAAAUCUACUUCCAACUCAGCUGGUUCCUGUGUUACCGGCUGCAACCCAAUCGGUUGUGAAGAGGGUGUCCACUGCCACCGUUCAACAUACACCUUCGCCUCCUAUAAUAAUGAAGCAGGAACAAGUGCCCACGUUUUUAGUUUCACCAAACCUCAAUAACCAUAAGGAGCAUAUAGUUCAACACGUGUCCACGCCGUCUCAGCACUUGUCGCUGCAAGUUCAACAGCAAGUCAGGAUACCUAUACAACAGCAAAUUUCGCCAUCGACCCCUUGCAUCAAUCAGAACAGACUGCUGAUGGCCCAGCCGAAAGUUUCUACCCCUGGGAACAACAACAAUCAGAUCCCUCAAUCCGCUUUCGUCAUACCGUGGCAUACUUUGGUACCGAUUCUGACGACCACGACCGGGCCUAUAUCUCCGCCUUCUUCUGAGUUAUCGCCGCCCCUGUCGGCGCCCCCCGUUCCCCUAACCAGGACCGGGGUGGAUAUAAACGACGAGGAACACGAAAUCGAUUCCCUGCCUGUCACUAUCGAGGAGGACGAUGAUGUUUUUGAACCUGAAACUACGGAUUCCAUCGAUUCUUCAGCUGGUAAUAAGAGGCGGAGUCAAAGUCUGAGCGCUCUGCCCAACAACAACAAGGAUGGGAGUUUGACAAAGGCCAAAGAUAGGAUAAGGAGACCCAUGAACGCAUUCAUGAUUUUUUCCAAGAGACACAGGGCGAUGGUGCAUCAAAGGCAUCCCAACCAAGACAACAGAACCGUAUCCAAGAUAUUGGGCGAAUGGUGGUAUGCGUUACCCCCAGAUCGAAAGAAAAAAUAUCAUGAAUUGGCCUCGGAAGUGAAGGAGGCUCACUUCAAGGCCCAUCCAGAGUGGAAAUGGUGCAAUAAAGAUAGGAGGAAGUCGUCAACUGGUUCGGUUAGGGGUAAAUUGAAUUCUUCUAGUGAUAUGGGUGAUAUUGGAGAACCUCUGCAUACGCCUCCACCUACGAUGGAAGCACAACGUCAGCCUCUCCAGGAACAGGAGAACGCUGGGGAUGCUUCGGAUGAUGACCAAAUGGUGAUAUGCGAGGACACUGCUACCGAGAUUGAUCUCAAAUGUAAAGAAAAAGUAACCGAUUCUGAUGCGGAAUCUCAUAGUGAUAACGAGAACGCUGAAAAUAAAAUUUAUUCUCAGCAACUGUACAGUCCAAUUAGUAGUGGUUGUGUAGAUAUAACGUGCAGACCUAAACCAAUAAAGGCUAGAUUGUCUUCUUCGGACUGUCCGAAAUACAGUCCGGUAUCGACGCCCAACACCCUCAGUUUGCAUUAUCAGUCACCAGUUAAUCCGAGUGGUGUCUCUGGAUUUCAACCCACAGGGGGCGCCUUCCAGAAGAUGCCGAUAUCUCCCAAAGGUGUUAAGUUGGAGAAGAUGGAAGGUGCAACGGAAAUUGAUGCGUGGUCUGGUGGAAGUUACAAAACUGAUAUUUCCAAUAGUAUAGCAGUGUCUAAAGCUUUAGAUUCUUCUAAUAACUUGUGGAAUAACAUACCAUCCAGUCAGUCCGGGACAAACAUGAGCAAAAUGAACAAUAACCCAACACUCAUACUCAAGCAACAAGGAAAACCUAAUUCUAUAAUCCACGUAAGCGAUAGUCAGAGCCAGCCUGUUGUGGCCAUAUUCAAUUCUACGAUCGGUGCAAGACAAACUGGUUUAUGCUUGACAAACGAUCCUGAACGGUCUCAACCUGUCGUUAUGGUUUCUUCUUCAGCCUCCGAUCAUCCAGUGCAAUAUGUUAUGAUGCAAAACUCUUAUGCUAUAUCGAUGGGCGAUUCUGGAGUUCGAGGACUGCUGCCGACUUUGCAGCUGUUGCCAAAAGCCACACCGACCCAGUCUGUCAUAGUUAAUCAGUCGCAAAACAAGAUCAUUAGUUCUUCUCAAUCGGAUUAUUCUUCCAAUCAGAAUCAUCAGAUAUGUACCACCACCACCUUAGCCAAUAGUACAGGUGUAAUGGUUAGGAUGGACCAGAAGGAUUCUCAUUCGGCUGAUAAUGAGUUCAAGUCUUCGCAGUGUGAGGUACCGCAAUCUCCUCGUUUAAAUAAUUCUGAACCUUCAGCGGUGUCUGAAGGGAACAAGGAAUUCAAACUUGCUCCAACUCCCGCGCAGCUAGGUAAAGCACCGUUGCAGAGACGUCAAUCUUUAGCUGUCUUCAGUAACGUUAAUCAGACGCAAAAUUCUAAAGAGAACAAUAAUAACCCCGGAAACGAGCAGCAAAUUCAACAACAAGAACAACAGUUAACGCCACAGCAACAACAAAACAUGGAAGGGCCACUCACUUCUCCGUCCCAGAAGAAGAGCUUCUUCAAGAGGAACAUCGAAGACGGAAUGGAUAGAGUGUUGGAACAGGUGAAUUUCCAGAAGAAGUUCUCUUCGUUGCCUCAGUUCAAACCGGAGGAAUGUCAGUCACCAAGUUCGAUAACGGUGCAGAGCCCUAGCAUAUUCAACUACAAAAAGACGAGGAAUCUGCUGAAUACGAAUCGUUUGUCUGUCGAGGAAGAAUCCGAACCCGAAACGCCCCAAUCUGUACCGAAAUCUGCAUCUUCUGCCAAGCCUAUUGUGAUUGGUAAUCAAUUUUUCGGGCCAGAUUUCAACAUCGAGAACGUUAGAGAAUUGACUGACAUGAGCGAGGGUAAUUCUCCUAGAACACCCAGGACCCCUGGGACUUCUAGGGAAUCGGACAGAGGACACCGUAAGAUAUUGGAACAGAGGCGUCAGUUAGUUUUGCAGCUAUUCAAAGAGCACAACACUUUAUUUCCUUCCACGCAAGCAACAUCCACCUUUCAAGCACAGCACUUGGAUAUAUUCCCUAACAAAAUGAGUUUGCAACUGAAGAUAAGGGAGGUACGUCAGAAGAUGAUGGCUCAUAAUAAUCUUACACCACACAGUGCAAAUAGUCAGAGUAGUCCAUUAACUCCAGCCGAGCCCGUAAGAGUUACAUCCAGCAGUUAGCUAGCAAUGUGCAAUAGUGUUUUGUCUUCCUUUUCAUAUGUUAUUCUCAAACUGACUGAAAAUGACAAUUAGUAAUCGUAAAGCUUUAUCAACAGAGUUUAUUUAUACAAAUAGCGUUAAUAGAUUUAAAGCGAUAGAUCAUAGACACACAACUUUUGCAACAUUUCGGUCACAAGGCCGCAAUUCUUGAAAAAAAAAUUGCAUCUAUUUAAUUUCCCACUUCAAGACAUUUUUCAAAGAUCAAAGUACCAAAUGGAUUUUUUUUUCAAGAAUUGUGCCCCUUAAAUCGACCUCAACUUAAACUGUAGUUUCGAGUAUUUGAUAGUGAAAUAAUGCGAGUCCACCAGAUUGAAAUUGGGGAAGUCAUAGGUAUUCUAGCAGGGAAGCUUUAAUUUAUAAAUUGAUCACUUAUCCAUCUACUUACUGUUAUAGUCGAAUCGAAUUUUAACUUAAACACCUUUUUUCAAUAUAUUUUAUUUUUAUACUUCCUGUUACCAUUGAUAUUUUAGAUACAUAUCUUAAUCUAGCCCACUCGUAAGUUUCAAUCUUAGACAAUUUUUACAAAAUCGCUGGGAUUCUCAUCUCCUUCAUAUUCUAAGUGGAAUGAAUACUUAAAGUUCGGCAUAUUUACAGUUCGAUUUGAAGGACACUCGAUUAUUCGAUACGUAGGUAGGAAAAUUCAUUUAUUUCAACUCGGUUGUGCAUUAGGCCAAUUUGAGAUCUGCUUCAUUCAGUGGAAAAUCAUGUACAUACGUAUUUCUUUAAUACUUCUGAAUUUUCUCUAUUUUUAAAGAUUAAUUUGAUGAAUAUAGUAAUUGGUCUGGACCCUAAGUCCUAAUAUGUAAAAUAUGAGGAAGUAUUUUUACUGUGAUUUUGGAUUUCUUAUUAACGUGCGUUCGAAAAUAUUCUUAGUCAAGUAGGCUAUGGAAUUUCGAAUAUUUAGACGCAAAAUAUCAGCCUUCAAAAUUUCAAAGCUCACUUAACGACGAUUUUUUAUUGAACACUCGUUAUAUUGACUUUUAGUUUAGUUUAGAGUUUGUUGUUGGACUAUGAUCUAAAUGGUGAUGACUAAUAUACCAAGUGGCAAUAUCAUUUAAUGAAAAAUUUCGGGAUAAUGUAAUAUAACAACAAAAUAUUCGCAAACACGGUGCCAAUAAAAUUCAAGACUUAGUUUGUAUUUGUAAUUAGCAGAUCUCUAAUUUUAAAUUCAUAAAACUUGGUCAGUGCAGAGGGCAGUAUAAAAGACAGAAUUAAAAUAAAAAUUCCUCUUUCAUUUUGUAUAGUAAAGAACACAUCGGGAAGCCUUUAUGGAAUAAAAUGCACAAAUGUUGAUAAUAGUCUGUUAUUGUUCUGUUUCUAUAGUGGUAUAUAAUGACUGUAAAAAAUUAAUUGUUAAUCUUAAUGAUCUAAUUCAUAUGUAAUUUUGAUCAUAUUGUGCUUAAAACCGUCAUAUGGCAUUGACUCUUAGAAAAAUCUGGAAGUUGCUAUCAAAUCAAGAUCAAUGAAAUGUUGAUUUCAAAAUUUUUUAGGAUAUCGUGUACAAAAUUGAGUUAGGUUGAAUUAAAGUGAUUAGAAUUCUCUUGUUGAACAUUUCAAUCGUAAAUCUGAUUUUAUAGAACAUUUCAUUUAUACAUAUAUUAAAUAAUUUUCAGCUGAAGAGACUUUAAAAUUUUUGGUGCUAAUUGCAUAUUCUCCGACAUUUUGAAUCAAUCAAUUUCUUGCUGACAUUCAAAAACGCGAAAUUGAUUGAAAAAAUAUUGGUGAGUAAUGGAGAAAUAUGUUUUCCGCUUUUUUAUCUAAUCGAUUUCUGUAGGGCAGGUUUUGUUUUUGGUUAUGUUGAUGUUUGAGCCACUCUGUUACAGAUUUUGAUCGGUCAAUUCAAAAACACCUUUUGUAGUUUAUGAAAAGUUGUAUAUUUAUUGUUGUAUUUUUUUAAUAUGUACUAAAACCAUCUCUAAAUUAUAUUUGGACAUUUUUUUCCCCGUUUUUCGAUGGCAAUGUAGAUAUUUUGAAGAUGAAAUUUAUUAAAUAUUUUUCAAAUUUUAAUGUGCAAAUAUCUGCUGAUUUUUAUGAUAAUAUACAUUAUAUUAUUAUACCCUUGAUACAGUAAUACCUUAUUUUAAUUAUCGCUGUAUUGAUUUAUUAUGUGAUGUACUUAAUAAUAUUUUUAUUUUUGUAUAUAUGCUGAAUUGAAUUGAUUUAUAUUUUUGGUUAUGAAUAGGAAUUUUGUGAAAAUUAUAUAAGCAUGUAUUGCUUAUGAAAUGUAGUGUUGAAUAUAGUGAAAAAACCUUCAGAUUCUGAAAGAGAAUCUGUUAGAUAUAGAAUUUAUUUGUUGAUGAAGACACAAAUCUUUCUCAGAAACAUUAAGCAAAUCAAGAAAAAAAUUAUUGCUCAAUUUGUUUUUUUUUUGUCAUAAGCAGAAUUAAUACCAAUAGAUGAGUUCAAGAUUUGUGUUUCACACAAAAAAGAAUUUGCUUCUUCCAAGUUUCUUAAUUGUGUCAGACUAUUAUGUUGACCCACUAAUAAAAUGAAUGCCUUGAAUAUCUGGUCAAACUUGUUACAAGGUGUUAGCAUUUUAUAUAGAAGAUUGAUCUCGUUAGUGAAAACAAAGUGUAUGAAACUAUGCACAUUUGGUGUUCCAAAUUUGAGCACUUGAUUAUAUUUCCUGUAAAUAAAUACACUUAUAGGUACCAUUUGUACUACCAUAUUCUAUUUUAUUUAAAGAAACAACUGUAAAGAUCACAUCUAAAUCACAAUAAAUGUAACAGUGUUAA